AAAUAGGGCUUUAUGCCACUAUAAGGUUAGAUGGGUGUAUUUCAAGUUAAGACUCACACUGCAGAGAGUAAUCCCUUGCAAUAUAACUUUUUAAUGCCAGUGAAACAUUUAUCAUUUGAAGUAUCUUCCAGUUCAGCCAGCCUGCUGUGACUUGGUGGUGUACCUGAGAUACCCUAUGUAAAGCAACUCAGCUUGAGCCACGAUGUUAAGUUCUUACCAUCGAGGAGGGAAGUACCUACCUCUUUCUUAUGUUCUACUGCUUUACAAACCCUGCCAUUGAAAACUUGUGCUGCAAUAAUUUCAGACCACAACUGUGAUUUGUCCCUUGUAUUCAGCCUUAUGAACUAUGCAUUCCUUGUGUUCCAGAGACAGCCAGUUACCCAAAACACCACUGCUGACGGGAAACAAUGAGUUAAUCGGAUGAUCAUAAGAAAUUUUAUUACUUAACAUAUCCACGUGUCACUGCACUUAAAUUGCUUAAGAUCUGCCCAUGUUUGCAGUAAAUAAAACUGUAAAGUCUUUAUUUUCUUUAUAAACAGUAGGUGCUAAUUCUUAUGUCCAGGUACACCCGUUUUCCCAAGGGGGGGGGGGGGGGGGGGGAAGCACCAAACUCUGAGCUAUUGUGUAAAUUGCCAUGUUUAAAUAAAAGUGUGUAUGUUAUUUCCCUUGUUAAUGAGUCCCAGGAAUUUCAUCACUGGGUUUUGUAAUGCUGUUAAUGAUUAAUGUGAAUAUAAUUGUGGCUGCUUCAGCAUUCCCUGCAUUUUGGGAGGCACAGUUCUCAGCCAUUCAAGUGCAAGUCUAGGUAACAAGGUCUUUUUCUUUGCAGAAAGUUCAUUGUAGUGAUUAAGUACUUAAGAAGGACUUGCUGGUGCAUUUGUAACUCAAGUAUCCCUUAUUCAAAUGUCAUCUUUGUUAAUCAAGCCACUACAGUGGGAGUGUUUUCAGCAAACAACUCCUCCAUAAGGCAGGUGAACAAUCAGAAUAAUGUUCUACAUAAACUUGUUGGAGAACCUGAAGGUUUACAUCAGCAGUCGACCUCCACUUGUGGUCUUUAUGAUCAGUGUAAGUGCUAUGGCAAUAGCUUUUCUGACACUGGGCUACUUCUUCAAGAUCAAGGAGAUCAAGUCACCAGAAAUGACUGAGGACUGGAAUACCUUCCUCCUGCGGUUUAAUGAUUUGGACUUCUGUAUAUCUGAGAAUGAAACCUUAAAGCAUCUCAUCAAUGAUACCACAACUCCAGAGAGUACCGUGACUAGUGGCCAGGCGAGAUCUUCUACACAGUCUCCACAGACUCUUGAGGACUCUGGUCCAAUAAACAUCUCUGUUACCAUCACGUUGACACUGGACCCACUCCGACCGUUUGGCGGGUAUUCUCGCAAUGUCACACACCUAAGUUCCACCGUUUUUGGACACCAGAUUGGGCUCUCAGGCAGAGAAUCCCAUGAGGAGAUAAAUAUUACGUUCACCCUGCCGGCUGCUUGGAAUUCCGAUGACUGCGUUCUUCACGGCCACUGCGAGCAGGUUGUGUUCACAACCUGCAUGACUGUGACAGCAGCCAGCAAUGUGUUUCCUGUCACUGUUCAGCCACCACAUUGUGUUCCUGAGACAUACAGCAAUGCCACGCUCUGGUACAAGAUCUUCACCACAGCAAGAGACUCUAAUACAAAAUAUGCACAAGAUUAUAACCCUUUCUGGUGUUACAAAGGAGCAAUCGGGAAAGUGUAUCACGCUUUAAACCCCAAACUGACGGUUAUAGUUCCAGAUGACGAUCGCUCUCUAAUAAACCUGCAUCUCAUGCAUACCAGUUACUUUCUUUUUGUGAUGGUGAUUACCAUGUUCUGCUAUGCAGUUAUUAAAGGCAGACCAAGCAAACUGAGGCAAAGCAAUACAGAAUUCUGCUCUGAGAAGGUUGCUUUGUCAGAAGCAUAAUCCAUCCUCUCCUUUGACUGAGAAUGACUGAGAACCGAAAUCAUUGCCUGCUGAACCCGGACUGGGUCUUAACACUCUGUGAAUACAUUAUCUUGCAAUGUUGGUUUAUUCCAACCAAAGACAUUUCAAGUGCCUGUAAUUGAUUUGUACAUAUUUAUAAAGGUAUAUUCAGAAGAGGUGGGAUGAUGCACUUGUUCCGCAUUGCAGUGCGGCCGGAACUGUUCAGUCUUUACCUGUGGACAUAGCCGAAUGUUUGUGUAGAUAUCUUUAGUGAUAUGGCUACAUAUAGUCAGAGCAAGAUAUUUUUGUCUAGCUGCAUCUGGGCAGGUUAAGAUGCCUUUGCAAGUGUCUCAAACAGACCAACAGAUCUUUGUUGUUUUUUUUUUGCCCAAUGAUAUGUACAGUGUGUUUGAAACAAGUAUGCACCUUUGAUAGAAUACUGCAUUUCCAGUGCCACCAACCUACUACAUGAAUUAAAUGGUGUUUGUGUGGCCUAAUACUUUCUUCCGUUUGCUCCUUGCUUGCAAGAAACGAUAUCAAGGUUUAGAUACUUUUUUUCUUUUGGAAACAAAGAAGUACAUAUUCACAUUUUAAUAGUGCUGUAUUUAGGACAAACUUGUGCUUUUAUUCAUAGUAAAAAGUAAAAAAAAGAAGUGAAGUCCCAUUUUAAAAUGUUUCUUACUGGCAAGUAUGAAGUUGGAUUAGUUUGUUCUUGGUCUUUGUCAUUCUUUUUGUUUCCUUUGGCUUGCUGAAUGCCAGAGAACCGGUCAGCAUCGAGACUACCUGGAAAGCUUUGCACUUGAGCUCCCAUCCGCAGCCCUCACCACCAGGACUGGGUGUCUCUGCUGCAGAGCAGCUUUCUGUAACCUCUUGGUUUUCUUCCUAGAAAAUGGAAAGCUAAUAAAAAGGUGCAUUGUUUGAUCAUUC